CAACGUCAGUACAGCAAUAAAACAGUAGUAUUUUUCAUAAAUGUAUAUUCAUUAUCCCCUUGACAACCUUCCCACAUCAUUCUACUUCAAUAUACAUGCGCUGGACAACAAGGAAAAUGCGUCUCUCCCUGUCAUCACUUCAACAACAACUUCAGCAACAAUUGAUAGCCUGGUGGUGUUUAUGAAGUCUCGGAAAGCUCCUUCUUCCUGGUGUGUUACUGAGCACCAGAAUGGCAUUGAUCUCUGCAAAUUGGAGCCAACAUUCGUAAAUGGCCAUAAAUCCUGUAGGACAGUGACAGUGUCUAAUACCCUUAGUGUGCAUGUGACACACAAUGGUUCUCCAGUAAGCCUAGAAAACACAGGUAUUCCGGAUCAGAUAAGCAGUAUCCAGGACUUUGAGUAUGCGCUGUCAAGGAUCAGUUGUAUGACAGCGUGUGAUGGGCUACGAGGUGAGAUCUACACCGAGACCAAGUACCCCGCUGUUAGAGCAGUGGUAGAGACAGUUCGUGAGGGACAAGGGGAGCCGCAACAACUCUUGCGAUCAGUGGAGUGUAGCCAGCUGCUGCUCGCCCCAUCAGGCGCCAAGGUCGUCCGCUGCACCAAAUGUAACAAUGUACGAUCUGCAGUAAAGCAGGCAAGAUGGCGUCGUGAACACCUGAAGGAACAGUCGGGUGAUGACUGCCAGACCCCUGGAAAAAGAACGCAUUGGGAUUACCUUACUGACGAGCAAAAGAAAGAAAAGUAUGACACAAUGAAGAACAAACGAGUGAGAGCAGACGAGAGAGCGACAUAUCACAAGGGACGGUAUGACACUUUGAAAGAUAGCGUGCGUCUGACGGUGGAAGAUAACAGAGACAUGACAGAAAUAUUCAGGAAGAUGGACCGAGAUGUCACUAAACUAUUCCCGAAUGAUGAACGAAGACAACUGCUGUGGAAAAUCCAGAAAGAUCAUGUAACCAACAAGCGGAACCAGUGGAAUACAGAGUUCCUGGAUGUCUGUCUCCAACUGUGGCAGCGCAGUAAGCAAGGUUAUGCAGACAUGAAGGACAGCGGGUUCCUGACAAUGCCAUCGGAACGGCUCCUACAGUACAAGAAGAACACCGUGAACCAGAGACCUGGACUCCAUACAGAGGUCUUCCAGUGGAUGGCCAAGGAGGCAGAACAACAAGGGGUGACGGGAAGGGGACGCCACGGAUUAGUUGUGUUUGAUGAGAUGAAAGUACAGGGAAGUGUCCAGCUGAGGAGAGUUGGCGACGAGUUUGAAAUCGCAGGAUUAGUCGACAUGGGGGAGGGGGACUUCUAUCGCAGUAUGCAGGCGCUACAAACAGCAGGGGAACAAAAGGCAGAAAUGGCGACACAUGUCUUUCAGGUCGCGUUCAAGGGGUGCGAGGGAUUCUUCUUCCCAUUUGCCUGGUUCCCGACCACAGAAAUAGCGCCUAUCAACAUUUUCCAGUGUCACUGGGAUAGUGUAUUCCACCUCCAACAGCAUGGCUUCUUCUCACAUGCCUGUCUGUGUGAUGGAGGACAGGCCAACCGAGACUUUAUAAUGGGUCACUUUGGCUCGAAAGAUGACGCCAUAAGAGAAAGGUUCAGUGUCAAGAACAUGUACGGGGAGGGAAGGUACUCCUUCAUCAUGGACCCACCACACAACAUCAAGAAGCUCAGGAACAACCUGGAGAAAAGUACGCUAGGAGGAACAGCUCGGUGUUUUAAAACGAAAAGUAAGAACAUCCUGUGGGCACAUCUUAAGGAGGCAUACCUCCACGAUAAGACGAAUGCAAGGGCACCAGUGACAUCCUGCAGGAUUAAAGACGGCCACUUCCAGCUGACCCCAGCCACACGCAUGAGGAAUCACCUGGCCUCGGAUAUCUUCAGCGAUGACAUGCUGGAGUUGUUGGAUAACUACCAGGACUUUAAAAGGCAAAAGGGGGAUGCCGAUUCGAUGAGCAUGACCAUUCAGUACGUCACGGCAGCAAAUAUCUUCGUGAAGACAUUUGCCAACAAAAAGCCAAUACGGAAUAUGGAUGACCCAAGGCUCGUGCAACUGGACGGAGCUCUCCAGUGGUUUCUGGACUGGAAAGAAGAAGUUGACGAGGGAGUGUUCCAAACGACAAAGGAGAGAAACCAAGCGUACAUUUCCGAGAAGCUCCACUUCGACCUGUGCUCCAUGGUCAUGGGAUACAGGUCGUACGUGCAGACCAUGUCAACACUGUUUCCAGGGAUGGGGAUGAUAUCUGCAUCCACGAAUCAGGACGCACUGGAAAACAUGUUUGGAUGCGUGCGCGCAUCCAACGGCAGCAACACUAACCCUACUAUUCUACAGUAUGGCCCAUCAGUAAACGGGUACAUUCAUUGCCGAAGCUUCAAGAUCCGGAACGGGAACUCUUUGAGGAAGUGAUAUAUAAGCACUCGACCCACAUUAGUGAUUUACGAGCGAGUAUUUCACAUAUCAGAUACUAGCAUAUUACGUUAUUUAUGAUGUCAUUUGUACAUACAUAUUACUUUAUUUAGUAGAUAUUGUGUGUAUAUUUUUACUUAGAACGAUAGUCAAUUUAACUUGCUCUUUCUCUUGAACGUGCUGUGUCAUCUUUUAAUAUUGAUGGCACCAAAAUGUAUAUAAGCACUCGACCCACAUUAGUGAUUUACGAGCGAGUAUUUCACUUAUCAGAUACUAGCAUAUUACGUUAUUUAUGAUGUCAUUUGUACAUACAUAUUACUUUAUUUAGUAGAUAUUGUGUGUAUAUUUUUACUUAGAACGAUAGUCAAUUUAACUUGUUCUUUCUCUUGAACGUGCUGUGCCAUCUUUUAAUCUGUGAUGGCAGGACCCCAAACUGGUUAGCCCUUGCUUGGUGCAGAGGGACUGGGUUACCCUUUAGGUGAUCAUCUUUCAAAAUCCUAAGCUGUUCAUCAGUUGGGCAAAAUCGUUGGGCCCGCUGUCGCGAGUUCUCCCUACUCUGUGUAUGAUCUGUACUAUUGAUUGAUGAAGUGCC